AUGUCCAAUGGUUCUGGUAGCCUCGACGAAGGCUCCGAUGCCCCCCAGGUGUUGGUUCCGAGUCCUGAUCGCGACAACCACAAGAUUCCGGUUCAUUACUCGGAGGAGAAGCAAGUGUCAGAUUGGGACGCCGAGGCAUUUUCUCGCAACCAGCUAUAUGGGCCGUCGCAUUACAAUCCAGACUACCACAACCGAGCAGAACAACAGGCCGCAUUACAAACACCGACGGGUGACAGGAGGGUAUGUGGGCUCCGGCCUGUAUGGUUCUGGACUGUCGCUGUCUUGGUUGUGCUGCUAUUGAUCGGCGCCGCUGCCGGGGGCGUCGCGGGUGGAAUGAUACGUCGCCAGAGGCAGACAGCCUCGCCGGCUUCGGAAUCAUCGUCGUCGCCCCCGGCAGAGCUAUUAGAGCCCCAGCUGAGCGCGGUCAACUGGACAGACAGCACCGGGGCACAGCGCAAGGCGGUCUUCUACCGGCGCAACGGCACCCUGCAUGUGAGCCACAACGGCGGCAGCGAUGGCACGACGGCGUGGGCGGAGCUGGACAUCGACGGUCAGUUCCCCGCGGGUGAAGUUGCGGCCAUGAAUGCAACACCGCUGGCAGCCAGCGUCCUAGGCGGUGGGAACGCCGACGCCGAUGUAUCGUUCAGCCUCGCACUAUAUUUCCUCGACGCCAGCAACCACAUCCGCGACCUAGUGAGCACCAUGGACGACCUAUCAAGGUGGAACAAGGGCCCGCUGUGGAACGUCUCAGUAACAGCGGGCGCCAUGUCCGGUCUGGCGGCAGCAGCGCAUGUGUGCAACGACGGGUGCCUCGGCGACCGUAUCGUUGUCUUCCAGGCGAGCGGCGGCGACCUAUACUCGGUCCACGGCCCAGACUGGUCUGAUGCCCCGACGCGCAUUGUGGGCGCCAACAUCGGCACGCCUCUCGCCCUGACGACCGCCCCAUACGUCAACACCACUAGUGGCGCCGUCGACUGGACGGCUGAGCAGACGCAGCUGCGGCUGUACUACCACCGCGAUACCAACAUUGACGAGUUCUUUUUCAACGACGAGACGCCGCUGGUGUGGAAUGCAGCGUUCGUGGGCGUGGCAACAGGCCUCGAGGCAUCAGGAGCACCGCCCGGACUGACGGCAGCGCCCUCGGGGCCCAACAGCGUCGUGCAGGUGACGGCGCUGAAGGGAUCCGGCAGCGCAGUGGUGAGCUACGUGCGGGGCAAGACGGGCCGCUUUGAGGACAACAGCUGCGACCUCCCGGCGCGGUUCGCCAACGGCGAGAGUGUCAACACCGGGGCGCCGAGCCCCGGGGCGGCGGCGGUCGCGUUGAGCCAUAACUUCGCCCUGUACGUGCUCACCAGCGACGGGACGCGGAUACUUGAGUGUGAGUCUUACCUUCACCUGUCCCGGCUCUCUCGCUUUGGUAUCGCCGGAGGGAUCGACCACCCCAACCUCUCGAAAAAGGCAAUUAACAUGGCCGCAGAUGGUUGGUCCAAUGCCGGCCCGGACUCGUUCCGUUUUCAAGGCACGGUCGUAUAG